GUGAUGUGACAGAGUGACAGGUGACAGUGACAAUACAAUAUGGAUAUGGAUUUAAAAUUUAAAGAUCAAAAAAAUAUAAUAAUGUCAAAACACCAAAACAGGAAAUUUUAAAUGAGAAUUAUACAAAAGAUAUACAUUGAAAUGCAGUGAUUUUUACAGCAUGUUAAAGUGGCCAUUUACCUGGACUAUGUAAUAAUAAACUUCACCCCUAACACCCUAGUGAUUCCAUUGAACAAAAAAUGGAAGUUGACGAGAAGAGCUGUAAAAUAGAAAUAGAAAAUAAUGAGAUAAGUGAUAGUGAUGUUAUUCUGGAUAUCUUUAACACUGAGUUUGUGAAAGAACCCAAAGGAGAAAGUAAAAAUGAUACAUAUGAUCCUUUAGAAUUUACUGACCAUCCUGUAAAAACUGAAACAGGACAAGAUGAAGAUACAGUUAUAUCAUUUGAACCAAUACACCUAGAUAAAAAAAAUUUUCUCCAGAGGGAGAAUAGAAUGGAAACUAUGAAUGCAUCACCUGACCAUUCGUGCUAUGAAGAACAUGUGAGUCGACAACCUGAACAAACAUUAAACCAACCUCAGAUUGGACAAGGACAUUACAACUGUGAUAUUUGUUUUAAGCCAUUUAUUGAAGCAUGUUCUUUGGAAAUACAUUUAGGAACACACACUGGGGAAAAACAGCAUGAGUGUGAAAUUUGUUUUAAGCGCUUUACUGUAGCAGCUAAUAUGAAAAGGCAUUUGAAAACGCAUACCGGAGUAAAACCUUAUAAGUGUGAAAUUUGUCAUAGGCAGUUUUCUGAGCGAAGUCAUUUGAAAACACAUAUAAAAUUACACACUGGAGAAAAAUCUUACGGGUGUGAAAUUUGUUUUAAGUGGUUUGCUAUACCAAAUAAUUUGAAACGGCAUUUGACAACGCAUACUGGAGCAAAACCUUAUAAGUGUGAAAUUUGUCUCUUGCAGUUUGCGUAUCAAAGCUCUUUGAAAAUGCAUGUAAAAAUACACACUGGAGAAAAGCCUUAUAAGUGUAAAAUUUGUCUCAGACAGUUUACUCAGCAAAGCUACUUGAAAAAGCAUUUAAAAAUACACACUGGGGAAAAACCCUACGGGUGUGAAAUUUGUUCUAAGCAGUUUACUGUAGCAGAGAGUUUGAAAAAGCAUUUGAGAAUGCAUACUGGGGAAAAACCUUAUAAGUGUAAAAUUUGUCUAAAGCCGUUUUCUGAGCAAAGUAAUUUAAAAAAGCAUGUAAAAUUACACGCAGGAGAAAAACCGUAUGAGUGUGAAAUUUGUUUUAAGCUGUUUGCUGAAGCAGACAGUUUGAAAAGGCAUUUGAGAAUGCAUACUGGAGAAAAACCUUAUAAGUGCAAAAUUUGUCUUAAGCAAUUUUCCGAGCGGAGUCAUUUGAAAACGCACGUAAAAUUACACACUGGAGAAAAACCUUACGGUUGUGAAAUUUGUUUUAAGCGCUUUACUAUAGUAACUAAUCUAAAAAGGCAUUUGAAAACGCAUACUGGAGAAAAACCGUAUAAGUGUGAAAUAUGUCUUAAACAGUUUUCUGAGCAAAGUCAUUUGAAAAUCCACAUAAAAUUACACACUGGAGAAACACCUUAUGAGUGUGAAAUUUGUUUCAAGCAGUUUACUGUAGUAGAAAUCUUGAAAAGGCAUUUGAAAACGCAUACUGGAGAAAAACCUUACAAGUGUGAAAUUUGUCUUAAGCAGUUUUCUGAGCGGAGUCAUUUGAAAACGCAUGUAAAAUUACACUCUGGAGAAAAACCUCAUGAGUGCGAAAUUUGUUUUAAGAGGUUUGCUGCAGCAAAUAAUUUGAAAAGGCAUUUGAGAACGCAUACUGGGGAAAAGCCUCACAAGUGUGACAUUUGUUUUAAGAGGUUUACUGCAGCAGAAAGUUUGACAAGGCAUUUGAGAAUGCAUACUGGGGAAAAACCUUAUAAGUGCGAAAUUUGUCUUAAGACGUGUUCUGAGAAAAGUAAUUUAAAAAAGCAUAUGAAAAUACACACUGGUUGAAAACCUUGUAUAUAGCCCCUGAAAUUCUAAAAGGUAUGUACUGUCCAACAUUAUUUUGGAACCAUGAUACUAUAAAUAACUGUUAUUUAUAGUAUCAUGGUUGGAACUAUGAUAGUUCUCGUGAAAAGGCGGAACUUAGAGUGCGCAGUGACAAAAGUAUUCGGCCAGAAAAAGAUGGAAUAAUGCUAAAAGCAGGGGGAAGAAAACUACAGGAAAAGGUGUAUGAACUGAUAGAACUUAUAUGGAUAGAAGAAAAGCUUCCUGAAGAGUGGACCAGAGAUUGGAUAAUCCCAUUACAUAAAAAAGGGGAUACAACGAUGGUAAAAAAUUACAGGGGUAUUGCUCUGCUGGACGUGUGCUAUUCGCUAUGAGUUUUGCUGGUAGCGCUCUCUCGCGGUUUCAAAUUUAUAUUUUACUGGUAAAAUUGGUGUAGGUAUGUGAAAUACGACAAAACGAGAAAAAUAGAUAUUUAUGUAGAAAAACACAAAUUAUGAACUGAAAUAUUAUUGUAAAUUGAUUACUGAACGAAUACACAGAAUUAAUGGUAAAAGUAAUUAAGCUUUUUUAUUUUAUUCAUUAUAAUUAAGUAUAAUAUUUAAUAUAUAAGUUACUGCGACUGGAUGACUGCUUACGCAAGAGGCCAUAGGGAAAAAGAUGUUUAUGUGAAUUAUUUAAAGGUUACCUUUGUUUUUAUUGGCUAUUAGUGUCGCUGGUAGCGCUCUCUCGUGGUUUGAAACUUGUACUUUUCUGCUAAAAUUGUUUAAGUUACAUGCAUAAAACUGCCACUAACAACGCUGGCGAAAACAAUUUAAUCCUCUCUACUCAUCGGCUCACAGCGAAUAAGAUAUUUGCUAGUAUUGUGAGAGAAAGAUUAGAGGUAUACGCAGAGAAACUAAUAGGAGAAUACAAAGCAGGCUUUAGAAAUAACGAAACUUGCUACGAAAUAAAGAAAUCCAAACAACUUGCUACGAACAUAAAAUGGUUUUGUAUGCUCUAUUUAUAGAUUUUAAACAGAUUUAUGAUAAAAUUGAUAGAAAAAAUACAUGAAACAGUAAGACAACUGAAAAUACCAGAAAAACUAAUCAAGCUAAUAAGAAUUACCUUAAAUAUGACAAGCAACGAAGUAGUGCGGAAUAGUCACAAAUCGGAAGAGUUUGUGGUUAAAAAGGGACUUAGACAAGGUUGCCCUCUAUCGACAGUGUUAUUUUAUCUGGUUUUGGAAGUUAUUGUAAGGAACAGUAGAAUAGAAACGAACGAAACGAUCUAUUGUAACGAGCAUCAUUGCAUGACCUACGCCGACGACCUUACGCUGCUAGCAAAAACAAAUAACGAAUUAAAGAAAAUUAUGAGAAGAUUAGUGAGAGGAGCCAAAAAAUUCGUCCUAGAAAUAAAUGAAAAAAAAAACGAAAUAUAUGUUGCUAGGAAACACAGAAAGAGAACCUGAAGAUAUGUUAAAGUUAAUAGCAUUUGAUGGAAAGGAGUAUACAUUUAAAAUAUUAAAGCACUUACAUAUGUGUGUCAUAAUAGACGAAACAGGACACGAGCAAAAUGAACUAAAGCACAGGAUAGCAACAAGUAACCGAAAAAUCGGCAGUUUAAGAAAAUUAUUAAGUACCUACGUAUCGAGAAAGACGAAAACCAGAAUAUACCAAACCGUAAUAAAGGCAAUAGCCACCUAUGGAUGUGAGACCAGGGUGCUAAAUAAAACAAGAAGAAAUGAUAGAGAUGUGGGAACGAAAGGUACUGAGAGCUAUUUUCGGGGGUAAAAACACGGAAGACUUGGCAAAGAAGAACCAAUCAAGAAUUAAGGAUGCUUUACAAGGAACCAAGUAUAACAAGAUACAUAAAGGCACAAAGAAUCAGGUGGGCAGGUCAUAUCGAGAGAAUGGAUAGGGUAAGAAUGCCAAAGAAGGUACUGCUAAGAAGACCAAUAGGGACAAGGAGACGAGGUAGACCAAGAAAAAUAUGGCACGAAAAGUUUCAGGAAGAUAUAGGACCUACGAAAAUUAUAGACUGGAAAGAUAAGGCGAAAAAUAGGAUAGUGGAGAACCACAGUGCAGCAAUUUUUACAUAAUCAAUAAAAUUAUGUAUAAACAUUAGUAUAUACUGUCACGUCUAAUAUGUAAAAUUGUAGAUACAAUUGUAAUUGUAAAAUUGUAAAGCCCUAGGCCUACAAGGUCUGUAGAGCAUAUUAAAUAAUAAGUUUUCUGAGCGAAGUUAUUGGAAAACGCGCGUAAAAUUACACACUGGAGAAAAACCUUAUGGUUGUGAAUUUGUUUUAAGCGAUUUACUAUAGCAACUAAUUUGAAAACGCAUACUGGAAAAAAACCUUGUAAGUGUGAAAUUUGUCUUAAGCAGUUUUCUGAGAAAAGUAAUUUGAAGACACUUGUAAAAUUAUACCCUGGAGAAAAACCUCAUGAGUGUGAAAUUUGUUUUAAGAGGUUUACUACAGCAGAAAGUUUGACAAGGCAUUCGAGAAUCCAUACUGGGGAAGAACCUUAUAAGUGCGAAAUUUGUCUUAAGCAGUUAAGCAGUGUUCUGAGAAAAGUAAUUUGAAAAAGCAUAUGAAAAUACACACUGGGGAAAAACGUUGUAUAUAGGUAGUCCUGAGAUUCAUUAAGGUGCAUACAGACCUUUCUGAAUGCUGUAUCGAACCUCAUCGCGAAGUUAAGUGUGGAAGGAACCCUGCAACAGCGUACCGAAUCUCGUCGCGAUAAGAGUAUAUCAUCGAAGCAUUUGAGAAUGCUUACUGAGGAGAACCUUAUAAGUAAGGAGCUUAGAAGCAAAACGCGGUAAAUCCACUUUUCGUCGAAAAUGAGAUAUUGAGCUUAACUAAUUUCCCAUAGUCCAUUCGAUAGGUACAACACUUUAUUUACCGUCAAAACAAAUUUAUUCCAAUAAAUUUCAAUCAACUAAAAGUUACUUUGGAAACAUAUCAGAUAAAUCCCGCCCGCUUAAAGACCAAAACAGGUAAAGUCCACCGCAACGAAUCACAAGCAUGCUUUCGACCCAUGUGAGGUGGCGUUACUAUGGAAGUAUAUAUCAGCCAGUAGUUAGUAUUCUAUUUUAAUAUAGAGAAUACAGUCGAUUUCUUUACAAAUUUUUUCUAACCAAGUGCUGAGAGGUGUUUUGCGGUCAAUAUUAAUAACUUUAUUGAUUGGAACAAUCAAAAUGUUGCUCAGGAAAAAAAAGGUGGUGACUGUAUUUCUAACUAAUUCAAUGAGAGACAACAAGGUGUUAUAAAAUACAUCAGCUAUUUAAUAAAGGGUUUAGAUUCGCAAUAUUGUCGGUAGCAUUACUCGUCGAAGUUACCUUUCCUUUGAUUCGAAUAUAGAAAAGUUAGCAAAUAUGUAGGUACAACGUUUAAGCCGACGAGAAUUUGAAAGUGAAAAAUUUUUACUUUCGCCAAAUAUUUGUGCAUAAGUUUAAUUUGGGCUUUGGUUCACCUAUAGCAGUGUCUUUCAAUCUUUUUAAUUUCGCGACCCCUUUAUUACCUGGUAAUAUUGGUACAGGUUGAAAUAUUCUGGCGACCCCCUGGUGUCCAUAGAAAGCCAAAGAAAUAAUUUAAUUAAAAGUACAUACGUUAGGUAAUGAUUUUUUCCUAUUUUGGUACAUUUAUACCUGUAAUUCAGAGUAGUUGAUUACAAAAAUGCCACAAGGAAAUAGCUUUAGAACAACAUUUGUCCAUUAUUUACGAGGGCCAAAAAUUAAUGAACAGCCAACAUUUUGCAUUGCAGUUUGACUGUGCACAGUUUGUAGUAUUUGUGCGCUUUGACUCAGAUGACUAUCACGGAAAAAAUCUUACUUUGCAAAGCACUUCCUGCAAAUAUUACUGGCCAGUGUUUGUACGAUAUGUUUUUAGAAAGCACUUGCGACUACAAUAUUAAUUGGCAAAAAUGUAUCGCUAUUUGUAGCGAUGGCGCUAAAGCUACGAGUACAAAAAUAGCGGGUUCCUUGCAAAAUAAAAUCGAUAAUGCCAACACACCUCGACACAAUGCUUUCUUCAUCGACAGGCUCUAGCUGCUAAGGUAGUACUUUCUGAUUUAAAUGACGUACUCAAGAAGGUAGAAAAAAUUACCCCGCUAUUCAGAAUUGUUUGUGAAGAUAUGGGCUCGAUUCAUCAAAAUCUCGUUUAUCACACAAAGUUCAUGUGGCUAUCCAAAAGAAAGAUAUUGACAAGAGUUCUGGAACUGAGAGCUGAAUUGUUAAUGUUCUUACAAGAUUUAUCGUUUUUCUGACCCUAUUGGCUCUUGAAAUUAGCAUUUCUGGCAGAUCUUUUUAACAACCUGAACAAUUUGAACAAGAACCUCCAAGGAACGGAAAUAUUUUAACAGCUAAAGAUAAAGUAAAAUAACUUCACGUAAAACUUUGUUUGUGGUCAACCUUUCUGCAAAACAAAAUGUUUGAAUCUUUUUUAUGUGUUCAGAAGAUUGUUGAAGAUAAUGCAACAGACCAAAGUUUUGCCGUAUCAGCUCACAUCCCUUGCAUGAUACAGAGAUUGCAUAAUUUACAAGAACAACUUUUGACAUACUUUUCAGACUUGCACUCUAAAGCUGACAAUAGGCGUAGAUGUAUUUUAAACUGAAAAGACUGAUUGUACAACAAAAAUGAAAGAAGGUCCUCUAGAUUUAGCUGCUGAUGCUAAAUCUAGAUUAAUGAAUGAAUGCUUAAAAUGAAAUUUUAUUCGCGUGAUUAACGUAAAAGUGUCAACCUUUUUAAAUGAAAUGUGAAACACCAAUUUGCUCCGGCAACAGGCUGGUAAGGGAAGCUCUUAAAUUAUUAGUGAAAUUCGCCACUUCAUAUUUGUGUGAACGGACAUUUUCAUCAAUGGCAGACAAUAAAACUAAAAAGAGAAAUAGACUUAUUAAAAAAUUAUUAUAUUAUUUAACGUUUCAAAAAUAGCACCACAAUUAUUUGAUAAACUUUUGAAAAAUAAACACGCACAUCCUUCCCACUUAAAUUGUGUUUUUUUUUUUUUGGGUAAGAACCUCAACUUUUUCUUUCAGUCGGCGACCCCCCUAGGGGUCGCGACCCACAGAUUGAAAAACACUGACCUAUAGGGUCGAUGUAUGCUCGACGUGUCUGGAAAUUUCAGAAAAAAUAAAGCAAACGACCGAUCCUCGGCAAACCGCAUCUUUAGAAGCUACCCAACACCCAAGCUAUUCACAAAAAAGAGCUAAAGCUUUUUUGUCUUACUAAAAGUAGAAGACAAGGAAACUCUUACGCUCUCAUUCGAUUACCAGAAAAGUUUGCUCAGUCCCAAAAUUCCAGAACAGGAGACUUACUGUCGACGUCAACUUUACCUUUUCAAUUUUUCUAUUGUUGGUAGUUCUCAUUGCAAAAUGUCUCCAAAUUAAUAAUUGCUUUAGCUAUGUAUGGACUGAAGUUGUACUGAAAACUAUGAUUGCUAUGCUAUGCAUAUGGCGGCUAUUCGCUCCUAAGAACGUUGAAGAGAUAGAAUUGAUAUUUUCAGUACGAGGCCAUUCUUUUGUACUACCAGACCAUUUAUUCGGUCUUUGCGAAAGAGAGUUCAAGAAAAGAGAAAUUAUCGAGACUCCAGAUGGCUAUAUUAAAAUAAUUGAAAGGUAUGCUACAAUAAAACGACUAGGUAUUGAUAUAGAUAUUUUUGAUUGGAAGC